AUGGGUUGGUCAGAAACAUGGACUUGUAGAAAGUUUCUCCUCGCCAGCAUUAUUGUAUCCUUCAUCUUCCUGUUCAUAUUUUCAACACAAGUGGCUCGGAAAAGUAUUACUUUCCGAGAGCUGCUCCACCCACACGUUCAGAAUGACAGCAGCCAAACCACUACAGGAUCCCAUGCCACAAAGAUCACAGAAGCUCCAAUAACGCUAUUCGUGAGAAUGUCUGGCAGUAACCCAGAUCACCGAUUUCGUUAUUACUGUCAUUUGUUCAGGACUUUGGUACUUUACUGGCCUCCUUCAUUUGGAAAGAUAGCUAUAGUUCUUGAUGAAGAAGGAAAAGAAGAUCACAAAUUUGCCGCAAAAGUCAGGCGUGAAAACAAACGUUACUUUCCUGAUUACAAGAUAGCAAUAGCGUUUGAGGCUCCUCCCAAAAAGAACAGCACAUUGACAGGUAAAGUUCAUCGCAAGGGUUACAUCAGGCAACUUUGGAGCAGUUUCUUCAUUGAUCAGUAUACAAACGAUUCCAUAAUUGCUUGGAUGGACACUGACACUGCCUUUCUCACCCCAGUAACCAAGUCUACAGUUUUUUCCGGCACGAAGUUACGGGCAAUGGCUUCAGAUAACACGUACGACAGGUUUUGGGUUAAGCACUGGAUAAUAACAAAUGAAAUUGCUCUAGGACUGCCCUUCGUUGCUGAUUUUAUGAUUUAUUUCCCGGUAUACAUUUACCGGGAUACCUUUACGCGCUGCAGAGAAUACAUACUGAAGAGAUUCAACUCCACUGAUCUUGAAGAGGUUUUUCCUAAGUUCUACGAAACGAGGGGAGGAGACUGGCUCGAGUUGUCCCCUGUAAACAUUGUACUCAGUUAUGCUUGGUAUUUUGAAAAAGAUCGCUACGACUGGAGUUUUGAGAUCACCAGCAACCUAACAGAAUAUAAUAAAAAGUUUCCAAAAGGCCAUGCUAUUGGACCUGAACAUACAAAAACUAUUCUGUCGGAACCUCAAACAGCCUUUCAUACAUAUAAAAUAGAAGGAAAGUGGAUAUGGUCAAAGAUUCUUGUAAGUUACUGCUUGUCACACCGAGCAGCGGGGGAUAAGGUACGUAUGUGCACCAAUCAUACCGCGUCGUUCAAGGAUAAUUUGCCUCUUUUCAACUACGAUCUUCAGUUUAUUACCGAUCCUAUUAAAAGCCCAUGUAAUACCGGCAACAAUAUCUUGACCUGUUGGCGAAUUCUAAAGCGUCAUUAUAACGAAGUUGGUGUUGAGAUAAAAGAAGGACGUAAGUUGGAAUGGAGCAAUAUGAAGAUUGUUGAACAGUUUGCUAAGAAGUCUGGUAUUAAAUGUAACAAAAUAAUAGAAUUAUAGACGUAGUCAAACAAGCGAUGUUCGCAGGAGCAGAAUAAGUGCCUUUCACAUGGUUGACUUAUCGUUUUUUGAUUAUAGAAAUUCUUAUAUUCAAGACCCAAUUGUCUAAUAGUUCUUGAUAAGGAAGCAAAAGAGGAUUAUGAAUUUGCUGCAAAAGUAAUAGAUGAAACCAAACAUCACUUUCCCAAUUAUAAAGUCGAAGUAGUAUAUGAGUCACUCCCCCAAAAAAGUGGCACAUUCUCUUCUAAGACAAGGCAUCCCAAGGGUUACAUCAGGCAACUUUGGAGCAGUUUCUUUAUCGAUCUGUAUACAAAAGACUCCAUAAUUGCCUGGAUGGACAGUGACGCUGCCUUUCUCAUCCCAGUUACUUAAUCUACAAUUUUUGCCGGCAGAAAGUUGGGGGCUAUGGCUACAGAUAUCUCACACGGGGAGUAAGGCAUUGGAUAGUGAGUAUCGAAAAUGUUCUAGGACUGCCGUUUGUUGCUGAUUUCAUGACUUAUUUCCCGGUAUAUAUUUACCGGGGUACCUUAACGCACUGCAGAAAGUACAUACUGAAAAGAUUUAACUCAACUGAUCUUGAAGAAGUCUGGCCUAGGUUUUACGUGAUAACAGGAGAUUAG